GUGAAGUGGUUAGAAUCUUGCUUAAUUGUUCAUGGGGGACACAAUAUGCUGUUUUAGUUUGGGGUUCCUGGGGGAGUUUGACUGAUUAGUAUUAGGGUGACCUGACGCUGACACCGUUAUGCCUCCUUCACCGGCCAUGAGAUGCUCUCCUGGAAGGGAGCUCAGGGCAGAAAAUCACAAGAGAGGGCGCAGUCUUGAAAGUGGGAUUCAUUUGAGGGACAAGGAUGAUGAUCUUGCCCUGUUUAAUGAGGUGCAAACCAGGGAAAGAGAUAGUUUCUUGCUUCAAUCAAAUGAUGAAAUCGAAGACUUAUUUUCUACUAAAUUGAGGUAUUUUUCGGAUUAUAAGUUGGGAAUAUCAAUUCCAGCUCGAGGAGAGAGUAGUGACCUUCUUAAUGCGGAAGGCGAUAAGAAUGACUAUGACUGGUUAUUGACCCCUCCGGACACUCCUCUUUUUCCUUCUUUGGAUGACGAGAGUCAUGAGACACGCCCGACAAAUCAUGAGCAGAGGGGCCGGCCUAGAAGCCAACCCAUUUCAAUCUCUAGAUCAUCAACGAUGGACAAGAGUCACAGAAGUAGUAGAGGUAGUGCCAGUCCGAAUCGCCUUAGCCCAUCUCCUAGGUCUAGCUAUACUGCCGAUCAAUCAAGAGGAAGACCAUCUUCAACACCUCAUUCAAGUCCACCGCCUAAUUUGCGGCAUUCUACUCCGACAAGGAAACCGUCUCCCUCACCUAAGAAAUUCUCAACACCUCCUCCAAGGUCGUCUACACCAACUCCUCGGAGGUUGAGCACAGGCUCCAGUGGUACUGCUGCUCCAUCGCAAGUGAGGGGCACCUCUCCUGUCAAGACUAAUAGAGGGAACUCUGCAUCACCAAAGAUAAGGGCGUGGCAGUCAAAUAUUCCAGGAUUUUCCUUGGAGGCACCUCCCAAUCUUCGUACUUCACUGGGUGAUCGCCCUGCUUCCUAUGUGAGGGGGUCUUCUCCUGCAUCGAGAAGUGGAUCAAGGUCUGGAAGACAAUCGAUGUCUCCGACUGCUUCUCGAAGUGUUAGUUCAUCACAUAGUCAUGAUCGCGACCCUUUUAGUUCUCACAGUAAAGGUUCAGUUGCAUCGUCUGGUGAUGACGACAUAGAUUCUCUACAAUCCAUUCCUGUGAGCCGUUCAGAUCGUUCAGGUUCAAGAAGUAUCAGUGGAUUCCAAAAUAAGCAAGCUCUUGGCCAUCCAAAGAAGCCAGCAAGAGUAGUGUCCUCUAGUUCUGCUCCAAAGAGAUCCUUUGACAUGGCAAUCCGGCAAAUGGAUCACAGGAAAUCUCCCCAGAAUAUGUUCAGGCCUCUCUUAUCAAGUGUCCCUAGUUCAACCUUCUACGCUGGAAAAACAAGCACCACUCAUCAUUCUAUAAUUUCCAGAAACUCCUCCAUCACAAGUAGCAGUAAUGCUAGCUCUGAUCAAGCUACAACGGGACUACAUGACAAUGAAGGAAGUGAACAAAACCAGGAGGAUAUAGGUAAUGAUCAAGUAAAGACAACAUAUGCUGAUUUGCAGGAUGAAGUUUUUGUCCUUGACAAGGCUGAUUCUACAAGUGAAGAUCUUGGGAAACAAAUCUAUGAUAGGGCCUCUUGCAGUCAACUUGGUGAUCCUGAUGGUGACCUGAGGGUUGAUUCUCUACUUGUUGGCUCUAAAAUUUGCAGUCCACAUGAUAAAGCUUUGGAAAUGGUAGCAGAUGUGGAAGUCUUGAACUCGAAUGCAAGCAUGUCCCACGUGAAUGCUCUAGAAGAUGCUGUACUGUGUUCUAGAUGUGGUCAAUGGUACUAUUACACUGAAUCAUUUGAUGGGGAUCUGAAGCUUUGUCCAGAUUGUGUUCAUUCAGAAGUACAAUUGUGUGCUACUCCCCCGUUAAGUUCGGUAGUUGGUGAGAAUUCUCCUGAAACUUUGACUGCAAUCCUAGACAGAUCAGUUGAUGGUUUUGAAUCAGCUGGGAAUUCACAUGAUUCCUCAGAUGCAACUGGCAAUAACAGAUUAGGGGAAUAUCAUCAUAGAUUGAGUCCAGAUGAGGGUGAGAAGGCAUCUAUGAAGUCAAAUGUAAAUGAAGGUGUGCAAAGCCACCAAGCAAUGGCUCAGUCACCUAAUGCUGAUAUCAGCUCCAAGCUUGUUCAGAAUGCUGAAAAAAGAGAGGGUGCAGGUAUUUCAGUGCUGCUGAAUAGAUCAAGUAGUGGGAAGGGGAACAUUGUUCAGAACAGGACACUUUCUGCCACUAAUAUAAAUUAUGAUGAUUUAUCAUAUGUACGAGAUGCAGUGAACAACAGCUUGAGAAGCUCCACUGGAUAUGGUAGUGCAUCUGCUUCAUCAUCCAUUGAUUUGGGCUCCACUGGUCAUACAGAAACUCGCUUCCAGCGGCAAUUAAGUGGAAGGAAACUUGACUUGGAAAAUUAUCGGAAUCAGAAUGAUAGAAAGCUCCAAAGCUCCAACUCAUCCUUGUCUGGAACUUCAAGUCAUGCAGUACAAACUUUAAGCAUUGUGACAAGUUCCCUUGAAGAGUCCUUCGAAACGUCUGCUUCUGCCGACUUGCAAAAGAAUAUUGAGGUAGCAUAUGUUGAUCGAGAAAAAGAACUGCUGCAUGGAGAAAAUACAAAAGUGGACAACUUGCGCGCUGAGGUUGAGAGUGAUGAUAAUUGUAGAAUUGCCUCCAAGUCAGUGGAUCACACAGGAUCUGUGCCAUCAGUUGCAAAUUUUGAGGAGUCCAGUUCAUAUAUGAAUUGUGAAAAUUUGGCAAACUCGGACAAUUCUAUGAAUGUGGAUCCUUGUGAUUUGAUUUCUGAAACCCAUCCUAUUGAGGAAGAUGUGUCAAAUUCUUCGGUUGAUAAAGUAGAGAUUGUGGCUUCUUUGAAUCAGAGCUCACUACAUGCAAUAUCUGAGAUGGAAAUUGAGAAUGGACAUGUCGGUUCUCUUGAUUUACAAUCUGAUGUUUGCUCCUUGCUCUCAGAGAGCAGCAUAGAUGAAUUAAAUGAGCAGUUCUUGCAUGCAGCGUCUGGUGAUGGCAAUGAAAUAUUAGCAUCUGUUGACAGAGCUGAUUCCAUUGAUCACAAGGACAUCGUUCGUGAAGAAUCAACUGUUACACUGGAGGGGCAAGGAGGUAACAAGCCAAGAAGCUUGACACUAGAAGAAGCUACUGAUACAAUACUGUUUUGUAGCUCCAUUGUACAUGACCUUGCAUAUCGAGCUGCAAACAUAGCUAUUGAAAAAGAGAAUUCAGUUCUGUUGAAAGAUUCACGGCCCACAGUGACUUUAGUGGGCAAAGCGAAUUCUGACAGAAGGGAUCCGCAUGGUAGAAUCUCAGGUAGACGUAAUUCUAAGUCCUCUCAAAAGGCUAGGCAGAAGAUGGAGGUGGACACAAAGCCUCCUCAAAGCAACACCAACACGGAAAGUGAUGAGAAAACGGACAAAUCCACAACUCGCAUUGUUGGAGCUCCUAUUAAAGGUGACAGCUUGAAUCCUCCAAAGCUGGAAUCCAAAUGCAACUGCACCAUAAUGUGAUUACUCCCAAAGUUGCUCCUGAUUAAUGCUUGGUCCAAUUCUAUUUUGGUGAUCAGCAGUUCCUUUUUUUGUUUGUUUUGCAUUAUUUGUAAGAAGAAAUAUAUAUGUUUCUAAUAACAUAAUCAUUGUAAAGCUUAAUUGAUUGUUAGGGAGAUAAUAGCAAAAGGCAUUGGAGGUUUGUUCCAAUGACCAUAUUCUUGUUAGUCCAUUUGUAUGUGAUUCUAGUUUUUUU